AUUGUAAUAUCUUGGAAUUAAAAUGGAAGAAAAUUUGAGAAAAUUAAGUCAUUUAGUUAUUCAAGAUAAUCCAAGAACAAUAGAAUUUUGUAUAUUUGUAAACGAGACAAUUGCCAUACACUUAAACGGUUCAUGCGAUAAAAAUGUUUGCAAAGUAUAUCCAGGGCAGCUUGCAAAAUCAAUUGGAGUUGAGGGUAACGAUAAAAGAAGAGUGUUAUUGUACAGCGAUGAUAAUGAAAAGUGGUACGAUGUAAUAUGGAAAUGCAAUUUGAUUGAUUUGCGUCUAAUUUCACCAUUGAUUUGGAAACUUCUGUGUCCUAUUACAAAUUUCCAAGAGAGAAUAAAGAUAGCGAACAAUGAAAAUCUUUGUAAGGAGAUUGAAAAUAUUAAAAAAGGUAGUAAAGUUUUGUAUAAUCAAAGUGGUUCUGAACAAAAUUUAAUGGAAGUUAAAUCCAUUGGUUCGGUAUUGAAUCGUGGAUUUGGGUAUUAUUUUGGCUUAGAUUUCUCAGUAAGAAAAUAUUACCCCAUGUUUGUAGAUACUGACAAUAAUAACAAAAUGAUUGAUGAUAUUGCCUGUGAUAUUUCAAACUGUGCGGUAAAAAACAAAUCGGAGGAGCAACAAAAUUAUAAAAAAAAAUUGGAUAAAAAUUUGACAUAUUUUGAUCCUCUAGAUUCAGAUUAUGAAAUGGAUGAAAUACAACCUACAAAUAUUCAACAAUAUACUAAUCCUGGCGAAUCACAAAUUGGUUCACAAGUUAAAGUACUUAUGAAUAAUGAUACGCAUUGUGGAGUGAUACGUUGGAUUGGAUAUCCUGAGGGUUCCAAUAAAUUGACAGCAACUAUUGAAUUUGAUUAUAAGUACCCAUCAGCGACAAAUGGAAAUUAUCAAAAUCUUAAAUACAUUCGGUGUAAUCCAGUGAAUGCAUAUGUCACCGAUUUAAAUAGGUAUCAACAGUACGUUACAGCCUCUAGUAGCUGUUAUUCUAAUUCAAAAAAAAAAGAUUUUAAACCCACUCAGAAUUCAGUUGCUAAUGAAAUAGUGCCACCUAUAAAGGUGAAAGAUAAUACAAAAAAUAUUUUUAGAAAAUAUCGUGGUAUACAGGGUCAUCAUAAUUCUUGUUAUUUAGAUGCCACUUUGUUCAGUAUGUUUGCCUUCACUAGUGUGUUUGAUUUUCUUUUAUGGAGAUCACCAAAUGAAGAGGAUUGCUUAGAAUAUAUGGAAGUUCAAAAAGUAUUACGAGAAGAGAUAGUCAAUCCUUUAAGAAAAAAAUUGUGUGUUACAGCCCCUCAUGUUAUGAAGUUACGAACCUUAUUGGAAAAAUCAUCUUCCAUCUCCGGUUUAACCAGCGAAGAGAAGGAUCCAGAAGAAUUUUUAACAUCGUUACUUGCACAUACACUGAAAGCCAAACCAUUUUUAAAAUUCAGCUCUGGACAGGAUGCUUAUCUUUAUCAACUUUUUGUGGAAAAGGAUGAUAAACUUGUUUUUCCAUCGGUUCAACAUCUUCUUGAACAAAGUUUCAAAAUGAGCAAAAUUAGGUUAAAAGAGGUUCCUUCGUGCUUCAUUAUACAGAUGCCCCGUUUUGGCAAAUCAUAUAAAAUGUAUUCAAAAAUACAACCAACAUUACUAUUAGAUGUGACAGAUAUUAUAGAAGAUCCUCCAAAAAAGUGCAACGUUUGUGAUAAAUUAGCUUCUUACGAAUGUACCGACUGUCCACAGAAUAUUGUUAUUUUUAAUGGCUUUGAAAAUGCUGGUUAUUGCAAUUCAUGUCUUAAGAGGGUUCAUUCUCACGUAAACAGAAAAGACCAUAAACCCAAUAAACUUGUUUUACCGAUGGAGUAUGAGGAAAUAAAAAAAACAAUUCCUGUACACCGAUCAUAUUUGGAACUUCGGGCAGUUGUUUGCAUAGAAACAUCACAUUAUGUUUCUUUUGUUAAAUGCGGUCCCGGAUCUGAUGCACCUUGGUGUUUUUUUGAUUCAAUGGCAGAUAGAAAAGGAGAACAAAAUGGUUACAAUAUACCUGAAAUUGUACAAUGUUCAGAAUUUUCAUAUUGGUUUAGUAAUGAGAGAGCAAGCAAAAUAGCAUCGUUAACAGAUGAUCGAUUACUACCUAAAUAUACUAAAAGACUUUUAUGCGAUGCAUAUAUGUGCGUGUAUCAAUCUCAAAAUAAAUUAUAAAUAAUAUUAGGAGAUAAUGAUAAC